UCCCGGGGCGGAGCCUACAGGCAGAGCCGGCAGUCGUGGCCUUUUCUCUGCCUUUCUCUGUUUUGUUUCUUUCUUUCUUUUUUGCAUCCGGAUGGCGGAGGCGGCGGAUCGCGCCCGGGCGGCGGCAGCCCAGUGGCUGCUCUGGGACAAGAAUCCUAAAACUUUGGAAAUAGUGAAGCAGCUGAUUGCCAAGGGAAACACGGAAGAAUUAUUAAAAUGUUUUGGCUCCCGGAUGGAAUUUGGGACGGCGGGACUACGAGCGGCCAUGGGACCCGGAACCUCACAGAUGAAUGACCUGACUAUUAUUCAGACUUCACAGGGAUUUUGUAGCUAUCUUAAAAAGAACGUCAGGCACCUGAAACAAAGAGGCGUGGUUAUCGGCUACGAUGCGCGAGCCCAUCCACCAACUGGUGGUAGCAGCAAAAGGUUUGCAAGACUCGCUGCCACGACGUUCCUGACCCAGGGUAUUCCUGUCUACCUUUUCUCCCAGAUCACACCUACUCCUUUUGUGCCAUAUACAGUGAACCACCUCAAACUUGCCGCUGGAAUUAUGGUGACUGCCUCUCAUAAUCCCAAACAAGAUAAUGGAUAUAAGGUCUAUUGGGAAAAUGGCUCCCAGAUCAUCGGUCCGCACGACAGAGGAAUUGCUGAGGCCAUUAACGAGAACCUGGAACCCUGGCCUCAAGCUUGGGAGGACAGCCUUGUUGACCAAAGCCCUUUUCUCCACCAAACUUUUGCGACGGUUAACCAGCAUUACUUCAAAGAUAUACAGAGGCAUUGUUAUCACAGGGAUAUCAACAAGGAGACUAAGUUGAAAUUUGUUCACACCUCUGUGCACGGUGUGGGCCAUGAGUUUGUGCAGUCAGCCUUCAAGGCUUUUGGCUUCAGCCCUCCGAUUGCUGUUCCCGAGCAGAAGGACCCCGAUCCGGAGUUUCCCACCGUCAAAUACCCAAAUCCAGAGGAGGGGAAAGGUGUCUUGACUCUGUCUUUUGCUCUGGCUGACAAAGAAGGCGCUCGAAUUAUUUUAGCCAACGACCCAGAUGCUGAUCGCCUGGCCGUGGCAGAGAAACAAGAAAGUGGAGAAUGGAAAGUGUUUUCCGGCAACGAAACCGGAGCUCUUUUAGGAUGGUGGCUGUUCACGUGCUGGAAAAAUAAAAAUCAGACUCCGGAUGCCAUCAAAGACGUCUAUAUGUUAUCCAGCACCGUCUCCUCCAAAAUAUUGCAAGCAAUUGCUUUGAAGGAAGGUUUCCACUUUGAGGAAACACUAACAGGAUUUAAGUGGAUGGGAAACCGCGCCAAGCAGCUGAUAGACCAAGGGAAAAAUGUCUUAUUCGCUUUUGAAGAAGCCAUCGGAUACAUGUGCAGCCCCCUAGUACUGGAUAAAGAUGGCAUCAGCGCGGCCGUCAUAACCGCGGAGAUGUCUAGCUUUUUGGCCACCAAGAACGUGACUCUGUCUCAACAGCUGAAAAACAUUUACACAGAAUACGGUUAUCACAUCACCAAAUCUUCCUAUUUCCUUUGUUACGAUCAGAAGAUCGUCACGGCGCUGUUUGAGAAGCUUCGGAAUUACGAGGGGGAAAACACCUACCCCAAAACGUGUGGAAAAUUCCCCGUCUCUGGAGUCAGAGAUCUGACCACUGGCUAUGACAGUAACCGGGAUGAUAAAUUAGCUGUGCUCCCCACGAGUGAGAGCAGCCAAAUGAUCACCUUUACGUUCGAUAACGGAUGUGUGGCUACAAUGAGAACUAGCGGGACUGAGCCCAAAAUCAAAUAUUAUGCAGAACUUUGCGCACCUCCGGGAAACAGUGAUUUUGAAACGCUGAAGCAAGAACUGGAUGAACUGACCAGCGCUCUUGAAAAAUAUUUCUUCGAGCCAGAGAAGAACAAACUGCAGCCGAAACCGGAGUGAUCACACCUGUGCUUCUUUUAAUCUCCAUAUAGUGUAUUCUUAAAUAAAAUGCAUAAAGUGGGGAGGGACAUUUAAUUUCUUUACGGAAUGACUGGCUGAGCGAGUGAUCCAGUUGGUAAAGAAGUUUCCCAUGGCUAAAUUGUCAGACAACUUAAAGGUGAUUUUUCUUCUAAUAAAACCAUGGCAUGUUCACGUAA